AAUCAUUUCCUAUUUCUGGCGUCUUUGCCAGCCCACAGAGACAGAGGAAAGAAGAAAUAUUUCCAAAUAUACCAGGCUGAUCUUUCGUAAUUUCUCAGUCUUACUGUCUGUCAUCAUUUGGAAUCUGUUUCCCAUGAGACGCGGGGAAGGUGGAGGUGCAGGUCCUGGGUAGCAGCUGCCCUGCUCAGGGCUGGGUACCUGCUCUCCGAAUCUUGCCUCCAGGCUGUGUGCUCAGACUUGACCAUGUUUGGGCAUGGAGGCUUGCCCCAGAUGGGGACCAAAGGCUGCUUCCCUGGAGAUGGGCGGGGAGGCCAAACUUCCUGCUGGAGCUCUGUGGCGUCUUUUGGGGUGGAGGGGUGGGAGCCAGGCAGAGAGAAACCAUCUGCUGCCGAAGACCCACAGGGCGCCGGGGAGACUAAAUGACCAGUGCCCCCAGUGGAAAUGGUGAAGAAGCUGGUAAUGGCCCAGAAGCGGGGAGAGACACGAGCCCUUUGCCUGGGCGUCGCCAUGGUGGUGUGUGCCGUCAUCACUUACUACAUCCUGGUCACGACUGUGCUGCCCCUCUACCAGAAAAGCAUAUGGACCGAGGAAUCCAUGUGCCACCUGAUUGAGACCAACAUCAGGGACCAGGAAGAGCUGAAGGGCAAGAAGGUGCCCCAGUACCCGUGCCUGUGGGUCAACGUGUCAGCUGCAGGCAGGUGGGCUGUGCUGUACCACACGGAGGACACUCUGGACCAGAACCAGCAGUGCUCCUACAUCCCAAACAGCCUGGACAACUACCCGACGGCCCGGGCCGACGUGGAGAAGGUCAGAGCCAAAUUCCAAGCGAAGCAGGUCUUCUACUGCUUCUCAACAACUCUGGUGAACGAGACCAGCGUCCUGUACCAGCGCCUCUAUGGGCCCCAGGCCCUCCUCUUCUCCCUCUUCUGGCCCACCUUCCUGCUGACCGGUGGCCUCCUCAUUAUCGCCAUGGUGAAGAGCAACCAGUACCUGUCCAUCCUGGCAGCCCAGAAGUAGAGCCAUCCAUGCCAUACCCCUUGUCCGGCCACAGGGCACUAGCUGGACCCCCAGGGCUGCUCCCCACUUGCAGACCCAUACCUUCUCCACCUGCCCUCUCAUUCUUCCACCCCAAUCUGCCCUGUCUUCUGUUGGAGGACUGAUCUUUGAUACAUCCCUUUGUGAAAUCAUUUCCUGCUCAAGAAUGUACAAUGGUUCCCCAGUGCCUUGGAGGCCAUCAGGCUAGCCAGUUAUAGCUCUCUAUUACCUGUCCCCACUCAACUGACUCAUCCCUGUUUUCUGCUGCAUCACUGUGUGCCCCACAGAGAAUGGUGAUUGUCACCUCUGUGUCUGUACUCUCCCUGUUGACUCAAAGGGCUAUCCAUCCUCCCCCAGAAAGCUGUCCUCAGCGAACCUCAGAUCUUGGUUUGAAUUCUCUAAUAAGAACAACAGCAACUCCCAUUUCGAGAACACAUUUACAGUAUUACUAUUUUCUAGGAUAUGAAGUAUCAUAUAUAUUUUUAAUUCCAAUAUUAAUGAAUACAUGCAAAACAGCAAUCA